AUCAUAUCAAACACCCCCCUCUCUCUCUCUUUUUCUCUCCACUUUCUAUAGAGAAGAGGAAAAUGGCUAGCUCUUCACUUUCCCUCUUCUUCCUCUUCUCUCUCCUGUCUCCAAUUCUCAUUGCCUCCUCUCCGGUUCAGGACCCUGAACUGGUGGUACAAGAAGUACAUAGGAGCAUCAAUGAGUCAAGGAGGAACUUGGGGUAUCUGUCUUGUGGGAGUGGGAACCCCAUUGAUGACUGCUGGAGGUGUAACGCCAAUUGGGAGAAGAACCGGCAGAGCCUGGCUGAUUGUGCAAUUGGGUUUGGGAAGAAUGCCAUAGGUGGCAAGAAUGGAAAGAUUUACGUGGUCACAGACUCCAGUGAUGAUGAUGUGGUGAAUCCUAAGCCGGGGACUCUUCGGUAUGCAGUCAUCCAAGAUGAGCCCUUGUGGAUCAUCUUUGCUCGGGACAUGGUGAUUAAGUUGAAGGAAGAGUUGAUCAUGAACUCCUUCAAGACCAUUGAUGGCAGGGGAGCUAGUGUUCACAUUGCAGGUGGACCAUGCAUUACUAUACAGUUUGUGACCAACAUUAUCAUACAUGGACUCAACAUCCAUGACUGCAAGCAAGGAGGGAAUACUAAUGUUAGAGACUCCCCAAGUCACUACGGGUUUAGGACGAUAUCAGACGGUGAUGGGGUGUCCAUCUUUGGUGGAAGCCAUAUCUGGGUAGACCACUGCUCACUCUCAAACUGCCAUGAUGGACUCAUCGAUGCCAUCCAUGGCUCCACUGCCAUCACUAUCUCAAACAAUUACAUGACUCACCAUGAUAAAGUCAUGCUUUUGGGCCACAGUGAUUCCUACACUCAGGACAAGAACAUGCAAGUCACUAUAGCCUUCAAUCACUUUGGAGAAGGGCUUGUCCAAAGAAUGCCAAGAUGUAGACAUGGCUACUUCCAUGUGGUAAACAAUGACUACACCCAUUGGGAAAUGUAUGCCAUUGGAGGGAGUGCUGACCCAACCAUCAACAGCCAAGGCAAUAGGUUUCUUGCACCCAAUGAUAGAUUCAGCAAAGAGGUGACCAAACAUGAGGAUGCACCAGAAAGUCAAUGGAAGAACUGGAAUUGGAGGUCAGAGGGAGACUUGAUGUUAAAUGGUGCAUAUUUCACACCAUCAGGGGCAGGAGCCUCAUCAAGUUAUGCCAAGGCAUCAAGCUUGGGGGCAAGACCAUCUUCCUUGGUGGCUUCCAUCACUGGGUCAGCAGGUUCACUUAGCUGCAAGAAAGGUUCUCGAUGCUGAUCACUACAAUUGGAAGGCCUUUUCUUAGUACUUCACUUGGUCUAAUUCAACUACAAUUUGCAAAAUACAUGAGCGGGAAGAUGAAGGAAAGUUAGGCAAGGCAAGAAAUGGUCAGGUUGGGAAAAGAAGAGCACUAGUCCAAGCCACAAUUUUAGGGUCUUUCUCUGGGAUCUACUUUUCUUAGUUUUGCCCCCAUUUUUUUUUACCUUUAUCCUUUUUCUUUCCUCUCUCUCUCUCUCUCUCUCUCUUUUCUUCUGGGCCCUUUUCUUAUUUUUGACUCUUCUAAGCAUGAUUACAACCUCUGCAUGUUGCUCUCAAAACCAUUUGGAGAUUCCUGUUGAAGAAAUCCUAAUUGGGUUUAGAGAAAAGCAAGUUCAGAAGUGUUGAUACACUCAAUUAUCUAUAUAUUUAGAUUUACAUUAAAGCUC